UUUUGCGUGGGAUUAUCAGCCAAUUUCGAAGGUAGGCCUUGUCUCAGAUUACUCUGAUGAACGAUUUGGCUUAUGCCCCAAGGGUUGCUAUUGCCCGUUCUUGCGAGAUAUACACAGCCACGACGGCAUCUCUCGUGCUAGCAAAGAGUCACUACAGUAAUAUUAUCUUCCAAGAAAUCUAACAGAAUUGCUUUAUUAUACUCAAUAAAGUUUUGGCUAAGCGUCCUCAGUCAAUCUCGAAGAUACGCCCUUUUUCAAGGGAUUGCGAUGUUUUAUUUCGGGAUCAUGGAUCAGUUUGGCACUCAGUGAUCCCUGCCAAAUACACCUUCCAUCUUCAUAGCGGGAGCAUGGUGACUUUGACGUAUAACAGUCGGGUUUAUAUCCCAAGCGGUUCCGAUAGGUCCGCCGCCCUCGACGCCAUCUCCCGGACAAUUAAAAAGUCACUAAAAAGUAGUAUCUAAGUAAUUUUAAAAAACAUUAAUCUAUAAAAGACGAAGAAAAUUAGUUCUGAUCACUGAAAAUAAAUUCAAAAGCUGUUUUAAUAAUUCGAUCCAAAAAUGAAUAAACCUAAAAAUAUAAAUCGAAAUAAUGCCAGAACAAAACCCUAAUGGAACAAAUCAAUACUAUAGUCUCUACAAUAUCAUAUACCUAUGUAUAAGAAAAUAGGAAUAAAUGAUGCAAAUCGAUUUUUAACGAAUCAUAUUCUACACAAAUAUUUUCAAUUUUUCAAAGAUGUUAAUAUUUGGAUUGAGUGCGAAGCGAUACGAAAAAUGUGCCACAAUAAUUAUAAUGAUAAUUUUGUGAAAGUAUUUACUCUAGAUCCUCAUGGUUGGUUUAAGAAAUGGAAAUCAAGACAAAAUAGUGAUUUCAACAUUGGAUUGUUCUACAUCUUGUUAGUAAAUUCAACUUGACAGUGAAUGGAUUAUUAUUAAUACAGUUUUAUCCAGUACGUAAAUAUUCAAUCAGUUUAUUACAUAACUCAAUUCCCAAUUGAACUACUGUUCAUGAUUAGGAUAAAAUUUAUCGCAACGGAGAUAAUAACAACACACUUUAUCAGUGAAUAUCACUUUGCUUUGGGUCACGAUAGAAAAGAUAGUAGAAAUGGCUAGCAGGCAAGAGAAAAUUGGUAUUGUUGGCAGUGGCCUAAUCGGUAGAUCAUGGGCUAUGCUCUUUGCCAGUGUUGGUUAUAAAUGCUAUAUCUACGAUAUUGAACCAACACAAAUCCAGAAAGCCCUAGAAGAUGUAGAACACCAACUUUCAUCUCUGGAGAAAAAUGGUUUGUUGAGAGGAAAACUCAACGCAAAAGAACAGCUAGCGUGUAUUAAAGGUACAACGAAGCUUGAAGAAGCCGUAAAGGGUGCUGUAUUAGUUCAGGAAUGUGUGCCAGAAAAUUUGGAACUGAAAAGGAAAGUUUGGAAGAACGUAGAUGAUGUUGCAGACAGCAAUACUAUUUUCUCUAGUUCGACAUCAACAUUCCUUCCUUCAUUAUUCAGUGAUCAUCUGAAGAAUAAGAAAAACAUUGUUGUUGCUCAUCCUGUCAACCCACCCUAUUAUGUACCAUUGGUGGAAAUUGUGCCUGCACCCUGGACAGUCCCAGAGGUCACUAAAAAAACAAGAGAAAUCAUGAGUGAAAUCGGACAGAGUCCAGUUUCACUUUCUAGAGAAGUUCCUGGAUUUGCACUCAACAGGAUACAAUAUGCCAUAUUGAACGAAACUUGGAAUUUGGUCAACGAUGGAAUUUUAGAUGUUCACGAUAUCGAUAAAGUUAUGUCGGAUGGUCUUGGAAUGAGAUAUGCUUUCUUAGGUACUCUUGAAACCACACACUUGAAUGCAGAAGGAUUCAAGAACUAUUGUGAAAGAUACGCAAAUACAAUGCAUAGCGUGAGCAAAGAUUUCAAACCAGUACCUAAAUUUGAAGGACCUCUUGUACCGAAAAUUGCUGAACAGUUGGAAGCUGAUGUCCCGUUAGAUAAACUCCAGAAGAGAAGGGAUUGGAGAGAUCUUUGUUUAACGAAAUUGAGUCAACUGAAAAAAGAAAUGGAGGCAAAAAAGUAAAUUGGCGUACCUGAUUAUAUGCAAAAAAAUGUAUAUUUCGAAAAUAUUAUAAAAAUAUCAAAUCUCAA